AUGGGCAGUCGGCACGGCUCCCCUGAACCGCCUGAGCCUCCCUUGUCCCAAGUCGCUAACGACGACAUCCCGGACUAUCGGGAGGCUGUGCCUCAGUCCUUGGCGUCACCUCAGCGGCGCUCGGAAUACCUGGACGCGCCUCCGGUGAGCUCCGGGCUCUCCGGGGCCAAAGGCUCAACUGCAGGCGCCAGCGUCGGAGCUCUCGAGACGGUAGCCAGGUCUCCGGAGCCUCUGAGUCCAGCAAAUGCUGCGCCACGGGCAGAGGCCGUGGAGGAUUGGUGGGGAAGUGCUCAUGGGCUGGCUGAUGCACUGUUACAGCAGCUGCAGGCGGAGAGUGAAGCGUUCGCUGCGUCUGUUCGCAAAGAGGAGCGAGAGGGAGGUACAUGGCAGACUGCCAGGACAUCCAGCUGGUCGGAACGACACCUGGGUCCGGGCGAUUUCUCUCCCUUGCAGGUACCCAAGCUCGAGAGUAAGCUCAAGGAGACUCCGAAGCCGCCGCCUCCGCCUGGUCAGGUGCUCCAACAGAGCAGUGAGGUUGCUGUCAAGGUCGAUAUCGGGAUCGGCGGAUGGAGCGCACGCCCCCUCUCGCCAACUGUGCCCAAGAGAUAUACAAAGUGGGUCAGGACGGUGAGGAACACGGGCGACGGAAGCAGGGAGGCAGAAGAUGUGACCGCUAGCAAACUGCCCUUGGCAGACAGCACCGGCAGCGCUUUGCUCGAUAACAGCCUGAACCUGUCCCUGAAGCGACCUGGCAGCCGCGACCAGAAGGCAAGCCCGAAAGUGGGUGCUUCUCGUGGAAGCUUCAGCCAGACAAACCUGUCCGCAUCCAUGAAGAAGAGCAGCAGCGUCCCUUCUGUCGCUGCAAGGGCCAUGCAGGAGCGGUACGGCAACCAAAGUGGCACCAAGAUCAACCAACUGACGUCGGCCGCGGCUCGCGCAGAGCUUGCUCGCCAGGUGCUCCGGAGGCUGGAAGCCAAGGACACCAGUCUCGGCGGUGAUGCCAUUGGCAGCUCAGAUACUCUGGCUGGGCCCUUGCCGUCUGCCGCAAGUUCAGGAGGACCAGGGCGGCGAAGCGGAUCUCCGCCUCAUGGGAUUCGCCGUGGUCUUUCACGCGCCGGAGCAUCGCUAGUCGCACUUGCGGGCCUGGCUGCACGCUCUUCCUCCGCAUCUUUUAAUAGCGCAGCCUUCCUGCACAAAGGGGGGCUCUGUAUUUCAAGUCCGCCUAUAUCUCAAAAGAGAUCAGUAUCACUCAGCUUGUUAAUGAGCAGAGCACCCUCGUCGUCGUUGGUGCUGCCAGAUCUUCGUGUAGCUGUUCUUCGGGGACACGGUGUGCAUCCAAGACGCACGCCCCAC